CGGGUGCAGUUUUGUAAACAAGCACACGUGAUGUAAACUGCUGAGUUCACGCUAGUGAUCAUAAACAUCACAGAUCAGAUCUGUUUUACAUUAAGCAGAGGAGAACCAGACACAAAUAACAGAAGUUCAUGAUGGCUGCUGGUUCAGCUGUGACUUAUGGAGGAGAUAACAAUGAAAAUGAUGACGAUAUUUUGAGCCCUGAUGACCUGUCAGAAGUGUUGGCUGCCGGGACAAAAGAGUCCCACGACAGAGCCGAGAACUCACCAUUUGUCAAGGACUUCCUGAGGGGUCGAAUUAAAAGAGAACUUUUCAAGCUUGGCACAGUCGCCCUGUACUAUGUAUAUUCCGCCAUUGAGGAAGAGAUCGAGAAGAACAAGGACCACCCCAUGUUUGCUCCACUGUAUUUCCCCUCCGAGCUGCACAGACAAGACGCCUUGGCCAUAGAUUUGGAGUAUCUCUACGGUGAAGACUGGGAGAGCAAGAUCUCCUGUUCGGCAGCCUCUCAGCCCUAUGUAGAUCGCAUUCACGAAGUGGGCCGCGAAGACCCUGUUCUACUGGUGGCGCACACCUGGACCCGGUACAUGGGUGACCUAUCGGGAGGACAGAUUUUGAAGAAAGUGGCUCAGCGGGCAUUGAAACUGCCCUCAACUGGCGAAGGAUCAAAAUUUUAUCAUUUUGAGGGCAUCCACAACCCUACAGCCUUCAAAAGACUGUACCGUAGCCGGAUGAACGAGUUGGAAGUGGAUGCAGAGACCAAACAGAGGCUGUUAGAUGAGGCUAACCUGGCGUUUAAAUUAAAUUUGGACGUCUUCACAGAGCUCCAGGAGAUUGGGAAAGACAUUAAAGAGGAGGUGCAGGACGAUGGGUUCCCAGCACAUGGGCACAUGGGAGGAGACAUCAGUAAAUGUCCCUACUAUGCAGCCCAAAUGGCGAUGAGCGGAAACACAAACUACGCGUGUCAGUACGCCAAGAUGUUGCUUCAACAGUCCACAGUACAGGUGAUGCUGGCCACAUGGGUCGCUGCUAUCGCUGGAUUGGUUGCCUGGUACUUCAUGUGAUCACCUUUACCCGUGCAACCAAUCAGAAAUGAAGAAACAGCUGGACUUCAAAGUGACCAUUCAUUCAUUCAUUUCAUUUCAAUUGUUGUUUACAUCGAGAAAGAGUCAAGGUUCACCUGCUUAAGGGCAUGACGAAAAACAGUGCGAGUGAAUUAGUUUUAAUUUACGAAUGUGUAUUUUUUUUACCUUGAAAUUGCUUUCUGACUAAAUUAAACCAGCAAACAAAAUGUUAACAAAUACAUGACACAAACAGAGCAACGAAAUAA